AUGGAUUACUUUAAUAUUAUACAGAAUUACUACACUGGGAACUACACAGACUGUCUGAAGGAAGUAGAAAAGAACGCCAAUACCGAUGAUAACGUUUUAACUUACUACAAGAGUAUGUCACAAUUAGCAUUAAAGAAGUAUACUCCAGGUUCAUCUAGUUCCAGUUUAAGUAAAUCUUUCGACGAAUAUGCAACUUUCCUAAAGAACAAGGACACUUCAAAGUUAAAGUCAUCAAUUGCUGUGGGAUCUUCCAAUGGUUUCCAAUUAAACCUUUUGGCUGCUGCACUAACGAUCAUUGGCGAAUUAACUGAAGCCUUGGAUUUAUGUGUGAAGGGUCUUGAUUCGAUUACUACUGAGGAAGAUAGAACAUCAAAUGGUUAUAUAGAGUUAUCAUUACUAGCAGUUCAGAUUGCUCUAUUGAAAGGUGAUCAAACUGCAGCAACCAAUAUCUUUUACUCAAUUGAACAAAGAUUGACUCUAAAUAAUGAAGCUGAAAUAAUUCAAAAUUUAGCUGAAGCAUAUGUGAAAUUUGCCAAGAAUGAAGAUACUUCAGGCUUAAACUUUUAUUAUUUUGAAGAAUUAGCUCAAACAUAUCCAAAUUGGAAAACCCAAUUGGGUCUUCUAAAUUUACACUUACAACAAGGUAAUAUUGCUGAAGCUCAAGGUAUUGUUGAUGUAUUGCAAUCUGAUUAUUACCAAGUAGAACAGACUGAUAGUGCGGAAACUUUUAAACCACAUUUCAUCGCAAGCAAAAUUAGUUUGUCUGCAAUGCAGGGUCUAGAUAAUGUCGAAACAUUGAAAAAAGAAUUGGUUUCACUAGAUCCAGAACAUCCACUUAUUAAGAAUGACAAGGAGGUGAACAUUAGAUUUGAUGAAUUAGUUGCGAAGUUUAAGAACUAG